AACCCCCUCCAGCACUGCUAUUACUCCACCCAGCCAAGACACUCUGCCACUGCUGCUGGGCAAUGCACAUAACCCAGCUCAACCGGGAAUGCCUUUUACAUCUCUUCUCUUUUCUGGACAAAAACAGUAGGAAAAAUCUAGCAAAAACAUGUCACAAGCUACUAGAAGUGUUUCAGGAUCCUUUACUGUGGUCUUUGUUGAACUUUCAUUCUCCAGUGGAACUAAAGAAGGAUAAUUUUGUCCUGGGACCUGCUUUAAAACACUUGUCCAUCUGCUGGUAUUCAGAGAGAGUCAAGGUGUGUAACAUUGAGGACUGGAUGAAAAACAGUUUCCAGAAAGACUUCUGUAAGAGGCAUGAGAACACUGUCAGUGAUUUUUUACUAGACGUUUGCAACAGAUGUCCAAAUCUGCUGUCUCUGACCCUCUCUGGAUGUGGCCAUGUUACAGACGACUGCAUUUUGCAGCUUCUCAAGAACUGCCCAAACCUGAAGAGCCUCAAACUGGAGAACUGUGUGCAGAUCACUGACCACACCCUGCAGGCAGUGACCCUCCACGGAGCAUCACUGCAAACACUCCAUGUGGAUUUCUGCCGCAAUGUAACACAAGCUGGGCUGGAGAGAGUCAGGGAAAAGUGUCCUUCUGUAAUGCUGAGAGCAGAGAGAAGUGCUAACAUGAUCCCAGACAGUAAGCCAGGAAAAAAGCUGAUGCUUGAAAAAGCAUCAAGAAAAUUGGUUCAGGUUUAAAGAGCAGGUAUUUUACCUCACUGAGGUAGCAAUGAACUGUCACUACUUCCAUGGGUUCUGAUCAAGUCCAAACAAAUGGUUGUUUUGUAAAGGGAAAAGACAUGCAUCUCCUCCUGAAUGGGCUUCAGGAAAUAACUGUUUGCUCUCUGUUUUUCCUUGAAACUGGGAAACCCUGCAUUGCUGUCACAAAAUACCAAUCUGCUGAAAACUGCAGUUCUGGUACCCUCGUGCUGCAGAUGCCCUCACUCAGAGGAGGGAAGCAGCAGUGUGUUUAUUGAGGCCAAAUAAUUGGAUAGAAUUCAAUAAAUUUUAUGAACUUUUAAGAAAGUUUAACAGUAGUUUGACAUGGUGCAGUAAGUUUGAUGGCAAGGUUCACUGACUGCAUGGAAGAAACACAGAGUGAACCGAGGCAGAAUGAGUCACAGAAGGGCCUGAGAACACAAACAUUAAGGAAGAGCCUCCCACUGGGUCACGAGGUUCAGACUGGACCCUGCACUUUCAAAACUCCUUAGGUGAUGGGCAAGGGCAUAAAGCCACAGCAGAGAGCCUGAGUCACUGGAGGAUUUUCACAAAUUUCAGGACAAGAGUGAUUUACAAACUUCUGUUAAAGGGUAUUACCAGACAGUCAUUCCAUCCACUAAGAAGGAUAACCACUCCCUGAAAUACCUUUCUAGCAAAAGCAGAGUACUGACCACCAGCACUUCCUCAGUGAUUAACAGUGGCAGCUAAUUUACCAGGCUUUUGUAUUUGAUGAGAGAAGCAUGGAUUCAAGGCACACAAAACACACUCUGACCCUCUGCAUGAUGUACUUACAUAAUAAAAGAUGCACCAAGUUAUCUUUUAAAGCUGACAUUAAAGGAAGUGCAAUCUGAACAAGUGCUAAUUCAGAGAACUAACCCACAAGAAAAGACAGUGACUAACAGCCUGUCUUUUAAUGCUAAAUUAGGAACACAGUACAGACCAGCUGUAUAUAAACACCCAUUUCUCACUGCAAAGUACAAAACCAGUAGCUAUUUUCAUCCCAAAGCACAAGGCUGUCCCCUUCCUGCACACUGCUUUGCUACCUGGAAGUGAAACUUUUUUUUUUUACGUACUUUUGAUGCUAUGCCACCAUCUUGACAAAAUUUGACACCAAAGAGGACUUCACAGCUCUCAACAUAACUGAAUAUACUUUGUCUUCUGAUCCUGGUUAAUUGAUCCACAGAUAUACUUGGUACUCUCUAAUUUGGCUGAGGAAACAAAUAAAUCACAUCAUUACAGCAACUUAGUCAAACAAUACUGCAAUUCUAGAGAAAUACUUGAUCAGUAUGAGCAUCUGUAAAAUACACUCACCAGAAAACCGAUGGGGAAAAUAAAUUAUUCCAUCUUCAUUACUUAAAGAUAUUUAACAGCAUGACACUGUAAAAGUGGUAUUUCAUUAACUCCUUCCUAAGGUUCAAGUAGGGCCCUUAUACACCACAAGGUAAGCAAGAAAACGGAGCGCGGAUAAGGAGACACAGCAAUCCUCACCCAGGACUGACAGCUACAAAAGGACAUUGCUGAGCUGAACAAAUUUACUGUGAUGUGGAAAUUGGGAAGCUGACACAACUUGUACAUUGGAUACACUACAACAGUUCCACACACUGCUAACAAGCCAAAACAAGGCAUGAACUUACACAGCCACUGCAGCAAGCAACGAACCUCCUUGUGCCACUAGCUCUCCCAGCACUCUGUGGUGACAGACAUGUCUCUGUAGUUGUAAGAGGAAAGGAUUUUCUGUAGCUACAAGACAUGAAAGCACAUUUGCAUCUGUCUACAUAUUACUUAAGCUUUUU